AUCGAGUUGGUAAUUGGCUGGAGGUUUCGCAUAAACGCUGUCUUAUCACCAAACGUGAAGAUAAGGCUUCAUUUAUUUUUCAUUCCAAUGUAUCCUCAGGUUGGUUUCUGUGCGAGUUUUGAAUCGUAUAAACGUCGAGUACGCGUAACGUAGAUUGCCAUAUUUUAAUAUCUAGCAUUUGAUGCUUCAUUUUAUUAGUGUAAAUUGCAUUUUUUAAACGUCAUAAUAUUGUAGGUAAUUAUUUAACGAUUAAUACGAAUUUCAACCGGUUUGAUGUUUGUGUAUUGGUGUCGUGCAACUUCAAACUUCUAGAAAGUGUGUAAAAAUAUUACGUGACAAAGAAAAACUUUGAUAGAUAUCUACACCAAUGGAUGCUCCAGCGAUCGGGAUUGACUUGGGAACAACGAACUCGUGUGUUGGUGUUUUCCAACAUGGAAAAGUUGAAAUUAUCGCCAACGAUCAAGGUGAAAGAACCACGCCGAGUUGCGUCGCUUUCACUGAUAUCGAAAUUUUAAUUGGAAAGGCAGCUAAAAAUCAGUGCAUUAGGAAUCUGAAUAAUACCGUUUUCGAUGUUAAAAGGCUUAUGGGUCGUAAAUUCGACUAUGAUACAGUUCAGAGUGAUAUGAAGCGGUGGCCUUUCCAGAUCAUUAAUGAUAAGAACAAACCGAAAAUCAAAGUUGAAUUACAAGGCACUUCUAAAACGUAUUUUCCCGAAGAGAUAUCUGCGAUGGUGUUACGAAAAAUGAAAGAGACAGCCGAAGCUUACUUAGACAAAACGGUUAAAAAUGCUGUAAUCACUGUGCCAGCCUAUUUCAACGAUUCUCAAAGAGCAGCCACCUUAGAUGCUGCCUCAAUUGCUGGUUUAAACGUAUUACGUAUUAUUAAUGAACCCACCGCUGCCGCCAUCGCUUACGGUCUAGAAAAACAAGAUUCCGGCGUCCACAAUGUAUUAAUUUUUGAUCUCGGCGGAGGAACUUUCGAUGUCUCCAUUUUAACACUCCAUAAUGGUACUUUUGAAGUGAUUUCAACUGCCGGAGAUACUCACUUGGGUGGCGAAGAUUUUGAUAACAAAAUGGUCGAUUAUUUCAUCGGAGAAUUCAAACGUAAACACAAUGAAGACCUCAGCAAAAAUAAGAGAGCCUUACGCCGUCUACGAACUGCCUGCGAGGCAGCAAAAAGAACUCUAUCGUCGUCCAAUGUGGCCGAUAUUGAAAUCGAGGCUAUUGGUAUCGAUUUCUACACGUCGAUCACUCGUGCUCGUUUUGAAGAAUUGAACGCUGAUUACUUUCGGAACACGAUGGAAUUGGUAGCAAAAGCGAUUAAAGAUGCUAAAAUGGACAAAAAUCAAAUUCAUCACGUCGUUUUAGUUGGUGGCUCGUCUCGCAUCCCGAAAAUUCAGAAAUUGUUGCAAGAUUUCUUCGAUGGGAAAGAUUUGAAUAAAUCCAUCAAUCCAGACGAAGCUGUAGCCUACGGAGCUGCUGUACAAGCUGCCAUACUAAGCGGUGAUAAAUCGAAGUUAAUGCAAGAUGUGGUAUUAUUCGAUGUCACACCGUUAUCAUUGGGUAUUGAUGCUGAUUAUGAUCAUAAAAUGAGUGUGGUCAUUGAACGUAACACGCCCAUUCCAACAAGAAAAACCAACGAUUAUACCACCAUAGAUGAUAAUAUAACCUAUCUGUGUUUCAAAGUGUUCGAAGGAGAAUAUGCAUUGUCGAAGGAUAAUCAUUUACUUGAUAUAUUCACUCUUACUGGCAUCCCUCCAGCACCUGCUGGUAAAGCUAUAGUUGAUGUAACUUUCGAAAUCGACGCCAAUGGUAUCUUAAAGGUGACCGCCGUUGAAAAAUCGACCGGUAGCACGAAUCAAAUUACCAUCAAAUAUGAAAGAAAUCGUCUCAGCAAGGAUGAAAUCGAUCGCAUGAUUAAUGAUGCUGAAGAUUACCGAGCCAAAAAUAAAAAACUAGAAGCUGUGCUAAACGCCAAAAAGUCUUUGGAAUCAUACUGUGCCAGUGUAAUGAGCAUCGUGAAGGAUAAAAAAUUGAAUAAUAAAAUUGAUAAAUUCGAUAAAGAUAUGAUUUUGAAAAAAUGCGAAGAAACCAUUGCCUGGUUGAAUUCUGAUCAGUCUACUAAGAAAGAGCAAUAUGAGAGUAAACAAGAAGAAUUACAAAACAUAUUUGAUAUAAUCAUUUCGAUAGCCAAGUUCCCUUAUAAAAAAAACGACAAAUACUACGAAAUAUUGAAAGUGUCAAAAGAUGCCUCCGAAGAUGAAAUCAAGAAUGCCUACAGGGUGGUAGCCUCCAAAUUUCACCCCGACAAGUAUCAAGGAGACAAGGAAAUAGGAAAUAUGUAUUGGUUUACCUUUAUGAAAGCGAAAGAUGGCCUCAUUAAUUUAGUAAAUGGAAUAUUUGGAAAUAACUCCAGCGCUUAAAAGUACGAUUACCUAUAGAAUCGCCAAUUUUAGUUAGAUAGAUUCCAAAGGUUAUACUUAUUUUAAUAUCCAUACGGAGCUUUUUUUGAUUUAUUGUUGGUGAUGUGUCUGCGAUUAAAUUAGUGAUAUCUGUGAGGUAGUCUGAAAUAUUUUUCUAUUUAUGUAAUGUAAGUAUUUUUAUAAUGUUAUUUUUAUUUUAUUGUUCCUACUUGCAUUCUGAUUUUUUUCAAGAAAAGAUAGAUAUGCCUAAUUAAUGAAUGUAUAAUAUUAUUUACUUGUAAAAUCAUGUAAGUAUGUGAUAAUGAUAAUAUGUUAUGUAAUUCUUGAGUAAGUGCCAACUGGUGCCGUAUUCUUUAGUAUGCAACUGCAUGCAUUAUCGAUUGUAAAAAUAUUUCUGCUCAAAAAUAUCUAUGAAUACCUACCUUUUUUAAUCUUUAGGGAUGUUCAUUUUUUUUUAUCAUUGAGAAAAAAGUUGAGCUCAUCAGACUUACGUAAAAAAGAUAAAUUUUCCGGUAUCAAAAAUAAUUUGUCUGAGGUAAUCUUAUAUUUUUUUGUGUGAUUGAAUUUUGCUGGAUCGAGUGUUUUUAUUCUUACAAUUUAUUUGGUACCUAGUUUUUAUGUAUUAUGAUGAGCAUUUCAAAAUUCUUGAAAAAAAAACUGUAAACUAGAUUAAAUCAGCUUAUAUGAACCUACCAAAGCAAAAUUGAAUAUAACCGCGAUAAAAUAAUUUAAGCUUUGGAUAUCACAUAAGAAUUUUUCAAACUCCAGUAGGUAUUAAUCGCAAGUUUUUGAUUGAUUUGUGUACCUACCUUUUCUCCUUGUAUAAAAUACUUUUUUUUUU